AAAAACUGGCAAACACUAAAAUAAGCACGAAGAAGAAACCACCAGCACAUCCAAAACAAUAGUUGUUGUACUUCUGCUUGUGUGUGUCGUCCGACAACUUCUUAAAAAUGUCCAAAAACAGUCCAGAAAAAGCUGACCCCUCAUCAGAGGCUAAAAAGACCAUCUCCCUUCCGAUCUCCAGAGUCAGGCUGAUCAUGAAAAGCUCUCCAGAUGUCUCCAGCAUCAACCAGGACGCUCUUUUUCUCACCACCAAGGCUACAGAGCUGUUCGUCCAGCACCUGGCUUUGUCCUCGUUUAAUAAUGGCUGUGGGAAGGAGACCAACUCGCUGUCGUACAGCGACCUGGCGAAAACCGCAGAGGAGUCCGAGACUUUCCACUUUCUCACAGAUAUUUUGCCGAAGAAGAUCUUGGCUCGGGAUUACUUGAAGUCUUUGGAACAGAUGCAAGAAGAAGAUGCAGAUUUUUAAGAAUAAGCUAAUCUGUUUGGACAGUUUUUACUAUGUAAUAGUCAAAAGUGGCUUUGCAGAGGGACACUUUAAACCUGAAUAGUACUUUUAAAUAUUUUCAGUUUAUCAAGGGUUUUUUUCCCUUUGUAAAUGAUAUGAAACUAAGUAAAACUUUAAGAUUUGAAAUAAAGACAAUUCAAAUUUAAGUGCCA